AUGUCAUGGUUCUCAACAAAAGGAAUUGUCAACAAAAGGAAAUGUCAACGAAUGGAAUUGUCAAUGAAUGGGAAUCGUCAACAAAUGAAAUCGUCAACAAAUGGAAUCGUCAACAAAUGGGAACUAUCAACAAAAGUAAUUGUCAAGAGAAAAAGAAAAGUUAUGGCUUGA